AUGAAAAAACCAGUAGUACUAGAAAUUGAGUCUAGUCAUGAUGAUACUUCCUUUCCGAUCAUGGCUAUUGGAGAUUCUCUUACGAGAGGAUUUUAUAACAAUGGAAUGAAUUAUCAUCCCUAUUCUGUAGAAUUACAGCGAUUGCUCAAUGAACCUAUUGGUACUAAUCAGGAUCAUAGCUCCAUAAUUAUAAUUGAAAAUAAUAUACCAAAAGACGUACCGUUGAGAACAUCCUACAACGUUUAUCAAUUCGGAGUGAAUGGAGAACAAACACCUGAAAUGAAAGAUCGUUUGCCAAGAUUUCUAAAGAAACAACUUUCACAGAAGGAUGUUCAAUAUCAUCGUCCUGAUGAAACUUUUGAUAACAUGUAUCCAAAUGAAGUUCCAUUGAUUCCACUCCAGGAUUAUAGAGGUGUCAUUAUUAUUGGAGGAACUAAUGAUUUUGUCUUUUCACAGAGCUCAAGUGAGCAAGUGUUCAAAAAUUUGCUUGACAUGUAUCAAAUAUGCUUGAAUGAAAAGAGUGUUGAAUUUGUGGUUGCAUGCUCAACUCCAUCCUGUUAUGCUGACAAUAUCGAACAAUUUAGAGAUGUUUUUUAUAAGAAAAAGCUGAAACUGAAUGAAAGUAUUUUAAAGUUUGUGGAAGAAUACAAUCAAAAACAAAUUCCAGGAAAGAAAAUGGUGUUUGUUGAUUUAAUGAAUGAGAUUAAUUGGUUUAAAUGUACUCCCGAGGAGAGAAAAGAGUAUUGGGCUUCUGACAAUUUACAUUUCUCACCCAAAGGCUCUGACAAAUUGGCACAAAUUCUUUUCAAUGCCUUAAAGAAGGCCCUUAUGUAA